GAAGAUGAAGCAGAGAAACCAGAAAAGUCCGGUGGUUGCUGAUGUUUGGGAGUGAAAUUCACCUCACUGCGGGGGGUCCCCCAUGAGUCUCAGGCCUCAUCUAUGCCUCAAAUCCAGAGCCAGCCCUACUCACCAGGGACUGGAGACAUAGGCUAUGUCUACACUGAAGCCUUUUGUACAAAAGGUCUUGCGCAAGAGCACAUCCACCUUGCCAUGCGCUUUUCCGCAAGAGAUGUGCUUUUGCACAAAAGUGCCCAUGGCAGGGUGCACGCCCUCUUGCAAAGGAAAGCUCUGGUGGCCAUCCUAGCCAUAGGAGUUCCUUGUGCAAGAAACCCCUGCAGCCUGUCCACACUGCCUUCUUGCACGAGAGGGAUUUUUCCUCAUAUGGGGCGUCAGAGGUCUUGUGCAAGGAGCCCUGUUUUCUGACACUGUACUGUAAGUUUAGUUGCGCAAGAACGCGUGUGCAGUGUAGACGCUCCACACAUUUUUGCACAAGAACGACUGGUUUUGCGCAGAAAGUCUGCAGUGUAGACAUAGCCAUAAGGUUUGGGAUCCUCCAACUUCCCAGGCCCCCCAGUCACCCAGCGACCUUUCCCCCUGGCCCAGCUGUGCCCUUAGCCAGAGGGCUGCCGUGGGCCCAGGCAGUGAGACGAGACCAGACAUUUCCUCAGUGAUCCGUUCAGACACAAACAAGCAAACCAGGCCCCUUCGGUUCUCAGUCCUGCAGCCCGAAAUAGAGACGCUGUGGCCAGUGUGGGGAAGGGGAGCCGAGCGGGGCAGGAAAUGGGAGCCGUGACGAAUAUCAGACCUGAGAAAGGAGCAGAGCAGGUCAAGAGAGGUUGCAGCUUCUCUGCAGAGCCCAGGGGGCCUGGGAGCAGGAAGAGGAGCCGCUGGAGCCUCCGACUCUGGGGAGCAGGCGGGAUCGGUGCAGAGGAUGGCCAGGGCAGAGGGGCUGGGUGGGAUCUGGGUGCCACUGUGGAUUGGGCCCUGCUGACCCCAUCCGGAGGGGACACUGUGGAGCUGUUUCCAUCCUGAUUGGUUCCUCCCACCACGCCAAUGCUCCUGUCUCUGUGCCUCCUGCUUCCUGCGCUGAGCCCCAGCAGCCAGGAGAUCUGCUCAGCUCCCGGAACUCUCCGUGCCCCCAUCCUCUACCUGAGCCAGACGUCAGCCCGGCUGGAGGACUCCGUGCAGCUCAAGUGCUCCGUGUUCUCCCAGAACCUGGCCGCCCGCGUCAUCUUCUGCAAGGACGGGGAGGAAGUUUCAUCCCAGACAGUCUCUGUGGGGAAAUUCAUCUACGACUUUAACCACGUGAUGUCCAGGAGCAGCUCUGGGAACUACUCCUGCGGGUACGAGAUCAAGGACAGUGAAAACCAGGUGACCAGAUCCCAGCUCAGCCCUGCCCAACCCCUCAGCAUCUCUGCAGGAACAGCCCCCGAGCACCCGGAUUUCACCCACGGGAACAUCGCCCGUCUGGAACUGGCCGUCGUGGUCCUGCUUGUCCUGGGGCUGAUCCUGGCUGAGGACUAUUACAGCCACCCAAGGGGGGGUGCCGUAGGAGCCUGGAUCCAGCCGUGCAGAGAAGAGAAUCUCUCCAGUGGACAAGACACUGCUGGCACAAAGCCCCUCUGCCCCCAAAGCCCCCUGUCCUGGAGAGCCCCACCCCCGCCACUGCCGACCUCACAGACACACCCCAGGAUUGAAGCUCUGCUCCCUGCUGGGUGCAUUGGGUUCCCCCGCGAUCCGUCCCUGGAAGUUGCUGGCAUCUUACUCCCUGGCCCAGUUGGGCCGGUCUCUGCCCCGGAUGGACUGAGGGUUUUGGCUCCAAGUAACCUGCCCAUCCACAGGAGCUUCCUUUGGCUGCAGUGCCCAGCCAAUCAGAACAGAGGGAGUGGGGCUGGGAGGGGGGCAAAGCAGGUCACCCUACCUCGCAUUUUCCCAAACAGCGGCUAGGUAGUUAAAUCCCCCAGUACCAUCAGGGACCAUCGCCCAGCCCCCAGCUGGGUCCUCAUCCCACAGGAUCCCAGCCCCCUUGUAUCCUGGGAACUGUA